AUGUCUUUCUCCAACCUCUGCAAGGUCGCUCCCGUUGAUGCCAAGGCCCCGACCACCACCAACACUCCUGUCGACAUGGCCAACCCCAAGUGCAGCUGCCACUGCGGUUGCAACAAUGUCGUUACGUUCUCCGGUGGGAACCUCUGUGAGCCCUGCAACGACAACCACAACCAGUAG